UGUAGCCACUGUGUCACAGGCCUGAGCUGCUUCUGGAACCACUCCAGUGUUAGGCGUAUACUUAGGUUCUGUGUAUGUGCUUCCUACAGUUCUGGAGUUUAUCAUUCUCACUGUACAGAUUGAUAAUUCAUCGGCGAGUUGAAAGGGCAUUUGGGUGACCUUUUCUUAAUACAGUUGCGUCUAACAAGUUAAAUGGCCAAGAACUAGAAUGUGCAGCUCUCACCACUCAGGCUUGCUUCUCAACCCCUCCUUGGGGCUGGGAUUGGAAGGGGGAUUGAAUCCCAGACCUCACACAUGCCCGCUCCACAACCUCGGCCCCCUACCCUCAGCCUCUUAAUCACUUUUACACAGGGCAGCACAUGAUAACUGGCCAGAGACACUUACAUCAUUUUUAUACUUUUGGGAGUAGUUUUAAAAUGGUGCUAUUUGAAAGUAAUCAACUGUGGUAUGUUUAUUUCUCCUUUAAGAUUCUUUCAAAAUCUAGGCAUGCCUCAGGUAUCCAGCUUGACUCAUCAGUUUUUAAAAACAGGAAUUUAAAGGUUUAUAUUAAUGUGUUCAGAUUAGGAAGUAACAGAUACUCAGGAAUAUAGAUGCUUAGCUCAACUAAUAUACCAUUUUUAUCUUUAGAUUGUGGAUCAGCACCACUUAGAGAUGUGUUGAGGGGGCCUGGGAUUGUAGGAGGCACAGAAGCUCAAGCUGGGGCCUGGCCGUGGAUAGUCAGCCUGCAGGUUCAAGACGACUCUGUUCUUAUUCAUGUAUGUGGAGGAAGCCUAGUGAGAGACAAGUGGGUCCUCACAGCUGCCCACUGCACUAAAGACUCUAGAGAUCCUUUAAAGUGGAGAGCGGUGAUUGGAACCAAUAAUCUACACAGGAAGCAUUCACGUACCAAGAAGAUAAAAAUUAAAGCAAUCAUUGUCCAUUGGCUUAAGGACACUUAUGUAAAUGAUAUUGCACUUUUCCAUUUAAAAAAAGCCGUGAAGUAUAAUGACUAUAUUCAGCCUGUCUGUCUACCUUUUGAUGUUUUCCAAGAACUGGAUGAAAACACAAAGUGUUUUAUAAGUGGCUGGGGAAGAACAAAAGAAGAAGAGUCACACUGUGUAGCCCAGGCUGGCCUCAAACUCCCGGUGACCUCCUGCCUUAGCCUCCCAAAUGCUGGGAUUACAGGUGAUGGCACACACAUAUUACAAGAGGCAGAAGGGCACCACAUUUCUCGGAAAUUUUGUGACUCAGACAAGUUAUGCAGGAGUGAUUCCUAACACCUCAUUCUGUGCAGGUGAUGAAAAUGGAGACUUCGAUACUUGCAGGGUAAGACCGAGUA